UUUGUCAUGCUAAUACCGUUCUCUGGAGGUGUAGAGCACAGUGCCUCAAAGGAACCUUGAGCGUCAUCCUUGAUCCCGGGGAUGCAGGUCCUUCAGGGGAAAUCUCCACACCUUUCAUAGAGGCUUUAGGAGGGUGUCCCAGCAGCAGAGGAAUCCCAGGACCAUGGCUAAUGAAGCCCAGGAGGCUGGUGGCAUCCAUUUCCCUUUUCCCUUCACACCCUAUUCCAUCCAGAAAGACUUCAUGGCAGCACUCUACCAGGUGUUGGAGGAUGGGAAGAUUGGGAUAUUUGAAAGUCCAACUGGCACUGGCAAAUCCUUAAGUCUUAUUUGUGGGGCCCUUUCUUGGCUCCGUGACUUUGAACAGAAGAAACGUCAAGAGGAGGCUCGUCUCCUUGCAGCUGAAACUGUUUCCUUAAGUGAUGGGAAGGACCUGUCCUCGUCCCUGUCUUCCUCCUGCCAGGAGGCUCCGGGCCCCCCAAGGCCUCCUGGAGAGCCUGACUGGGUGACUCAGUUUGUGCAGAAGAAAGAAGAAAGGGACCUGGUGGACCGGCUAAAGGAGGAGCAGGUCAGAAGGAAGAAACGGGAAGAACGCCUACAGCAGAUCCGCCACAACACGCAGCUCAGACAGGCAGCCAAACGUGCGAGACAGGAUGAAGAGGAAACCGAGCGCAUCCUCCGCCUCAGCAAGGCGAUGCUGGCAGCAGGAGCGGGGACCGAGGUGCCGGAGCCUCUGGCACCCGGGGAGGAGGAGCUGAUCCUCGUGGAGUACGAGAGUGACGAGGAGAGAGGAGCAGCUCGCAGAGUGGAUGAGGAUGAGGAUGACCUGGAGGAAGAACAUGUAACUAAGAUCUAUUACUGUAGUCGGACACACUCCCAGCUGGCCCAAUUCGUGCACGAGGUCCAGAAGAGCCCUUUCGGCAAGGACACCCGGCUUGUGUCCCUUGGCUCUCGGCAGAACCUGUGUGUAAACGAAAAUGUGAGGACACUCGGUUCUGCGCAGCUCAUCAGUGACCGCUGCCUGGAGAUGCAGAGAAGCAAACAUGAGAAGAAGAGCAAAGCUGAGGAAGAGAAGCCCAAGAAGAGAAAGCAGGAGCCUCAGGCUGCCUGCCCCUUCUACAACUGUGAGCAGCUGCAGCAGCUCCGGGAUGAGGUCCUGGCGGAGGUGAAGGACAUUGAGCAGCUGGUGGCCCUGGGGAAGGAGGCUCGGGCCUGUCCCUAUUAUGGGAGCCGGUUUGCCAUCCCAGCAGCCCAGCUGGUGGUGCUGCCCUACCAGAUGUUGCUGCAUGCGGCCACCCGGCAGGCCGCGGGGAUCCGGCUGCAGGGCCAGGUGGUGGUCAUCGACGAGGCGCACAACCUGAUUGACACCAUCAUGGGCAUCCACAGUGCCGAGGUCAGCGGCUCCCAGCUCUGCCAUGCCCACUCCCAGUUGCUCCAGUAUAUGGAACGAUACGGGAAGCGUCUGAAGGCCAAGAACUUGAUGUACAUCAAACAGAUCCUGUAUCUGCUGGAGAAGUUUGUAGCCGUGCUAGGCGGGAACAUUAAGCAAAAUCCCAAUACCCAGAGCCUCUCGCAGACAGGGACAGAGCUGAAGACCAUCAACGACUUUCUCUUUCAGAGCCAGAUAGACAACAUCAACCUGUUCAAGGUGCAGCGCUACUGUGAGAAGAGCAUGGUCAGCAGGAAGCUCUUCGGCUUCACAGAAAGGUAUGGAGCAGUCCUCACCCCAUGCAGGGAGCAGCCCAAACUGGCUGGGUUCCAGCACUUCCUGCAGAGCCUACAGCCCAGGGUAGCUGAGGAGGCCCCUGUAGAGGAGGUGGAAGCCAGGGCACCACAGCCUGCUUCCCCGCUGAUGCACAUAGAAGGCUUCCUUGCAGCUCUCACCACUGCCAACCGGGACGGCAGGGUCAUCUUGAGCCGCCAAGGCAGCCUCAGCCAGAGCAGCCUCAAAUUCCUGCUCCUGAAUCCAGCUGUGCCCUUUGCCCAGGUGGUGAGGGAGUGCCGGGCAGUAGUCAUUGCGGGGGGUACCAUGCAGCCGGUGUCUGACUUUCGGGAGCAGCUGCUGGCAUGUGCUGGGGUGGAAGCUGAGCGAGUGGUGGAGUUUUCCUGUGGUCAUGUGAUCCCUCCAGACAAUAUCUUACCCCUCAUCAUCUGCAGCGGGCCCUCCAACCAGCAGCUGGAAUUCACAUACCAGAAAAGAGAGCUGCCUCAGAUGAUGGAUGAGACGGGUCGCAUUCUCUCUAACCUGUGCAACGUGGUCCCUGGAGGAGUGGUCUGUUUCUUCCCCUCCUAUGAGUACCAACGCCAGGUCCAUGCCCACUGGGACAAGAGUGGCCUGCUGGCCCGUCUGGCUGUCAGGAAAAAGAUAUUUAAGGAACCCAAGAGAGCCAACCAGGUGGAGCAGGUGCUGAUGGAGUAUUCCAGGUGCAUUAAGUGCUGUGGCCAGGCAGGAGGCAUGUUGACUGGGGCCCUGCUCUUCUCUGUGGUUGGAGGAAAGAUGAGUGAAGGCAUUAACUUCUCUGACAACCUUGGCCGGUGUGUGGUUAUGGUGGGCAUGCCCUACCCCAACAUCAAGUCUCCAGAGCUGCAGGAGAAGAUGGCCUACCUGGAUCAGACCCUUCCCAGAGCCCCAGGUCAGGCCCCCCGAGGGAAGGCUUUGGUGGAGAAUCUGUGUAUGAAGGCUGUCAACCAAUCUAUAGGCAGGGCCAUCAGGCACCAGAAGGAUUUUGCCAGCAUAGUGCUCCUGGACCAGCGGUAUGCCCGCCCACCGAUCCUGGCAAAGCUGCCAGCCUGGAUCCGAGACCGUGUGGAGGUCAAAGCCACUUUUGGCCCUGCCUUUGCUGCUGUGCGGAAGGGGUGCAACCCUGCCUGCUCACCGGGAUCCUGCCUGACAAUGGGAAACCCAGGUGGAGAGCGCAAGCCCAGACCAGCCCCUUCUGGGACUAGCAGGCUGCCGGGAUCCAGGCAUAGGCAGGCAAGCCACCGAGAGAAAACCAACUGAUGGUGUGGAACCGUGGGGCCUGGCCAUCCCCUGGCGCAUGCCUGCAGUUCCCGCCCUGGGGUGGAGUCGUCUUCCCACUCGCAUGGCUGUCCCCGGGCUGCCCUCGGCGGGUGGCUCAGAAGCUGUGGCCCUGCGCCACAGUGGCUCUGCUUGGUUUCCCAGCACUUUUCUGUAGCCGGCAGCUGGAACCAGCCCACCCUGCCUCCCCCGUCUGCCUCCCUUUUCUGUUAAAAUUAGCUGUUGGAGACUUUUCUCCGUCUCCUCAAAUUAAAAAUGUUCCCCAUUUCUA